AUGAAAGUCCCAGAUCCCACUUUGAGUCUCCCUCGAAUCCUCUGCCUACAUGGCGGCGGAACGAAUGCACGCAUAUUCCGCAUGCAGUGCCGCGUUCUGGAAAGCACCCUCAGCUCAACUUUCCGUCUUGUCUAUGCCGAAGCACCAUUCCCUUCACAGCCCGGAUCGGAUGUGACAUCAGUAUACAGAAAUUAUGGCCCUUUCAAAUCCUGGCUACGCAUUACGUCCUCUGAUACUGCUCAUGAGCCACAGCACAUAAUUGAGCGAAUCAACACCGCUAUCGCAACAGCUAUGGCCACGGACUCAAAGUCAGGCGCAACAGGCGAAUGGGUUGCAUUGCUAGGCUUCAGUCAAGGUGCUAAGCUAGCCGCGAGUAUUCUGUUUGCCCAGCAGACAAUGCAACUGCGUGCUGGCCCAAACGCUAUCAUCUGGCCAAACUUUCGUUUUGCUGGAUUGAUAGCUGGUCGUGGUCCUUUGGUGUGGUUGCUUCCUGAACAGAGUGAUAUCUCAUCCGCACAUCCCUUGUCUAUUAAAUCUGGUCUUGUGGACGCAUCUAAUCCCUCAAUCGGAGGAGAAGAUCCUUUGUUCCCGUUGGAUUCAGAUGAGCAUAUAUUGCGGAUCCCCACAUUUCAUGUUCAUGGGUUACAGGACCCGGGAUUGAGUUUGCACCGGGCUUUGAUGCGUAACUAUUGCAAGAAAGGGCUUGCAUCGAUAUUAGAAUGGGAUGGUGGUCAUAGAAUACCAAUCAAGAGGAAAGAUGUACAUGCUGUGGUAGAGGAAAUUUACAAUUUGGCGCAAGUGACGGGAGUACUGAAAUUGUGGUGA